GGCGGGCCUCCUCGGGAGGAGAAAGCGGCCCGCCAGAGGCUCCCUCCCUCCCGUUCGGCAUCGUCGCAGUGCGCAUGCGCUUCUUGGGCGCCACCAUUUUGACGGGCGGCCCCGCCGGGCCGGGGAGAGGGCGCCAGGGGCCGGCCCUUCCUCGCUCGCUCGCGCCGGAGGCGGAGGCCGGAGAGGAGGCCAAGUAGCCCGGCCCGGAGCGAGGCGAGGCGAGGCGUCCCUUGCCGAAGGGCAGCGGCAGUAGCAGCUGCCUCCUCCUCCUCCUCCUCCUCCCGGGGCCCCCUUCGCCCCCCGGCCAUGGGGAACACGGCGAGCGAGCGCGGGUCCGGAGAGCGUCCGGGGGGCAAGGCGCCCCGCUCGGAGGGGUCCGGGGUGGCUGCGCCGGCCAAGGAGCCCCCUCCCCACAAGAUCAUGGUGGGCAGCAGCGACGACCCCGCCCUCUUCAACGCCCCCGGCGCCAAGCUUCCCGGGGAUAAAGGCUUCGUGUCUUGGCACCAUGACCUGGACGAGUCCCUCAAGCCAGCCCAGCAGGCUCGCCCCACCGUCAUACGCUGGACGGAGGGAGGGAAGGAAGUCUUCAUCUCGGGAUCUUUCAACAGCUGGAGCGCCAAGAUCCCUCUCAUUAAAAGCCACAAUGACUUUGUCGCUAUUCUGGACCUUCCUGAAGGGGAGCACCAGUACAAGUUCUUUGUGGAUGGCCAGUGGGUUCAUGAUGCCUCCGAGCCAGUGGUCACCAGUCAGAUGGGGACAAUUAACAAUCUGAUUCAUGUCAGGAAGUCUGACUUCGAAGUGUUUGAUGCUUUAAAGGUGGACUCCCUAGAAAGCUCAGAGACUUCCUGUCGAGACCUUUCCGGCUCCCCUCCUGGAAUAUAUGGCCAAGAAAUGUAUGUUUAUCGACCUGAGGAGCGUUUCAAGUCUCCACCCAUUCUUCCUCCCCAUCUCCUCCAAGUCAUCCUAAACAAGGAUACUAACAUUUCGUGUGACCCAGCCCUCUUGCCUGAGCCAAACCAUGUGAUGCUGAACCAUCUCUAUGCCCUGUCAAUUAAGGAUAGUGUCAUGGUGCUCAGUGCGACCCAUCGCUACAAGAAGAAAUAUGUCACUACUCUCCUCUACAAGCCCAUCUGAGUUGGGUCUGUCCUUGUCUCCAUGGGAGCCCAGGCUGCUGCUUUGUCUGCGCACAUCGGAAGAGAAGCAGAGACAAGAGCAGGUGUCGGCUUCUGGGCUCUUUAUCAGAGGCUACUGCUCUGCGUGAGAUCAGUCUCUCUUGGCUUUGCAGGCUGAUCAAGAGCUUUCUUUCUUGAUGGCUGUUUGUGACAUACAAGUUGUAGCACAAGGAUAUUACCAAAUUUGGGGGGUGCAUGACCUUCUAUAGACUUCUCAACCAUGGGGGUGAAAUGGCUUCCUCCUGGGGAAUGUGAAGAAGCUUCGAGGCGUCCUUUCUUGCUAACCUAUCCUGGACAGCCUUUUGUAAUCCCCCAAGAGUUUUCUAGGAGUAGAACAGUGUCAAGGUAGAGAUCGGCUGCUCCUUAUUUUACCUGGCCCUGGGAGAAUUAUACAUUUCCUGCUCCCUUCAUGUUAUAGUCAUUGUUGCCAAGGCAUGCUACAAUGGGGUGACCGGGACCCAGAGGAUAGGUCUGUCUAGCACAUGGUUACAAAUCAUGAAGACUAGACAGAACCUCCACACUUACAAGGAGUGAGCUACUGAAUCUCCGUUCCCAUCAAGUGCUGCCUGUUGGUUUCCCGACAGCAUCUUGUUGACCAUGGUAGGAGGAAGUGUGUUGGACUACACAGACCUCUGGUCUAAUGGGGCAGGGCAGUUCUACUGCUGCAGGCCUUUCGCGGCCACACCCAAUAUUGCGGAGUUGCUUCAGUAUGGCACCAUCUUAAACCAUAAGGUGUGUGUCCUUUCCUGUGGAAUCACACUGUUCUGGAGCAGUAUUUUCAGUGUUGGACACUCCUGUGAAGGGCCCUUGAGUCGCUCCUCUUCGGAAUGUUUUUAUUAUCUAAGAAAAGAAUCGGCUGUGGUCUGCAGACAUAUGCAAACAAAUAUUGUGCAGCAGGAAGUAGCUGCAGUGUGGAAGGUAAUUGACGCUGGAAAUGUGGAGCUGCCUUGCAGUCUCACACCAAAGGUCCAUUUUGCCCAGCCAGCUGGAAGCUAAUAAAGAGAGCAGGUUUAUGAAGACUUUCCUCUCUUCUUUAUCCCCAGAAUCAAAGGCAUAUCACAUCUAAAUGUUGAGGCUGUUUUAAGAUGUCAUGAGUAAUAUUUAAUAUUCACAUUCAUUGGAAUUGGCUUUUCCUGCCUAUUUUUAGCCCUUAGCUGCUGGGGAGAGCCUGGCUACUGCCUUCACGCUAUACUUGUUUUGGGCAGACCAUCCAAAUCGGAACUUGGGGUGACCUGUAGUUAGCCAACUCCCUUUCCCUAACACAUUAGCUUUGGGGGCAUUUUGACGUAAAAUUUUGUGUGUUUUAAAAAUGAAUUUUAUAUGGGCAUAGGAAAAAGUCCUGAGAUACCUGACAUUUCUCUGGUGGCUAGCACAUCUCUUAGGAUAUUGAGAAUCACAGUUUUGACUUACUGUUGUCUUAAACAUUUUCUAACCUUCAAAACAGUGGAUAUUUGGGGGUGGGGAAAUGAGAGAAUUAGAUGGUUUAAGAAAUAUUUUUACCCAGUGCUGUUCUAGGCACAUAUAAGCAAGUAGCCUAAGUCAUUAGUCACUUGGACCAUGCUGUCGGCUUAGAUUAGGCAUCCCCAAACUUCGGCCCUCCAGAUGUUUUGGACUACAAUUCCCAUCUUCCCCAACCACUGGUCCUGUUAGCUAGGGAACAUGGGAGUUGUAGGCCAAAACAUCUGGAGGGCCGCAGUUUGGGGAUGCCUGGCUUAGAUUGUGAUGUGGAGAGAAGUGCAGGAAUGCAGGAAGAGAACAGAAGAGUUGAGGUGAACUAAGAAGUGGGCUGGGGCUGGUAGCAGCCAGGGAAGGGGCAGGGCUAAAGUGGCAGAGGCUGGGGGGGGCAUAAAUAGAAAAGGGUCUCUGUACGGCUCUCACAUGGCACAUGGUUUCCAUACUGGCAGGUCACCUGGCAGAGAGGAGUUUAAUAUUCAGCCUGAUCCUUUUCCUCCUAAUAAAUCUGGCAGGAGGUCCUGGCUGAGCAUGAGGAGCCACAGGGAGCACCUGCACAGGAUACUGUCCCUUUUAAUGUAUUACAGAUAUUUGCAAUAUAGAAUGGGUUCCUGUGGACGAUGCUCUUCCAAGUGUUCCUGGUGAUGGCAGCUUGUAUGGGGUAAGAGGAGCCACUUUUCCCUUUACCCUGAAAAAGUGUCAUCACAAAUACUUUGGAGGAUCAUCCCAGAAUCUACGUUGACCCCUCUCCCAUCAGGAGCAUAGUCCAGUUUUAAUUUAUUGUGUACAGAAACUGAAGAAUUUUUUUUCAUUGAAAUGUAACUUUAAUCAAAAUGUAUGCAAGUUAUUAAAUGAAAAACAGGC